AUGGCAUAUUGUUGGAAAACAGAUCUAAAUCCCAGUGAAUCACAUGAAAAGCAGCAAAAGCACCAAGAAUUUCACUCUGUAAAUCAACCUCUUUUUCCUAGCCAUACCAGUCUGGGUUUUGAUCAUGUAGUAGAUGAGAUCAGUAAUAAAAUCCCACUCUAUCAGAGAGAAAUUGAAGAAAACACCAUUUCUGUGCCCAGUGCACCACACUGGGACUCAAAAAGGCAUUCAUUAGAUGAAGCAGACCAAAUAUCCUUGAAUGAAUUCACUUCUAAAAGCACAGAACUCUCCUGUCACCAAGUUAAUAAAACAGGAGUAAUUGGUUUUAGGCAUUCCAUGCUACCAAAUCCUCAAAACAUAAAUAAAGAAAGCUUUUGGGGAAACCCCAGAGGAAAAUACCAUGGUGCUGAUGAUUACAGAUUCAAUAUUUUACCUCCAUCAUCCACUAGUGUGGAUGAAAUUAAUUCACGGAGUGAACUGGAUAACUACCAUAUAGGAUUUGAAUGUAGCAUUCCUCCUAUAUAUCCAUCCUUCUCAACUGACUUGAUGCCAAAAGAAGAAAAUAAAAGCAGUAGAAAUAUGAACAUUGUGGAACCAUCUCUGAUGCUCUUCAAAGGUUCUUUUCUACCCAGGACCUGGGAAAGUACAUGGCCAAAGAACAAAGAGCUGACAGGUUGUUCCAUUCAGCUGGUUGAAAUACCUGAGGGCAGUAAUAGAAGUCUGGCCUCCUUUUGCAACAAAGUAAAAAAAAUAAGAGAAACGUAUCAUGCAGCUGACAUUAAUUCCAAUUCGGGGAAGAUCUGGAGCACGACUACAGCAUUUCCAUACAAGUUCUUUUCUAAUACUAAGGUUAAUAUAAAUAUUUUUACUGAUGACUCAACACAACAACUUCAUUUUAUGCCAUAUGCUAAUUAUCUUGUCAAAGACCUAAUAGCAGAAAUUCUACAUUUUUGUGCAAAUGACCAGUUAUCACCCCAAAAUUAUCUUCUAAGUGUAUGUGGCUAUGAAGAAUUUUUACAAAAUGAUCACUAUUUGGGAAGCCACAGAAUAUUUCAGAAAAAUAAAUCUGUUAUUCAACUUAAUCUACAGAAAAAUAGGGAAUCUCCAGGAAAGUUAUCUCGAAAGCCUGAAGAUGACCACAGUCAGUUUUAUCUGAACCAACUUCUAGAAUUUAUGCAUAUUUGGAAAGUAUCCAGACAAUGUCUCUCAACAGUAAUCAAAAAAUAUGACUCCCACCUGAAAUACCUAUUGAAAACCCAGCAAAAUGUGGAUAAUAUUAUUGAAGAUGUUAAAAAUAUAUGCAUUGUUCUGGGAUGUGUGGAGACCAAACAAAUUACAGAUGUUGUAAAUGAACUAAAUCUUAUUCUUCAGAGAAAAGCAGAGAAUUUUCAUCAAAAUUCAGAAACUUCAGCAAAAGGUUUGAUAGAAAAAGUGACAACUGAACUAUCCACCUCCAUCUACCACCUAAUUGACAUCUAUUGCAGCAGCUUUUAUGCAGAUUUCCAACCUCUAAAUGUACCUGUGCAUAGUGUUUCCUGUGUAAAUCUUGGGCUCCAUUCCCACCUUAGCUUCACAGUGUAUGCAGCUCACAAUAUUCCAGAGACCUGGGUGCACAGGUAUAAAGCAUUUUCUUUUUCCUGUUGGCUUACAUAUGCUGGAAAGAAACUGUGCCAAGUGAGAAACUGCAGAAAUAUUCCAGUCAAAAAAUUGUUUUUUUUCUUGGUUAACUGGAAUGAAACAAUCAAUUUUCCUCUUGAAAUAAAGUCACUUCCAAGGGAAUCCAUGCUCACUAUAAAACUGUUUGGGAUUACCUGUGCAACGAACAAUGCAGAUUUAUUGGCCUGGACUUGUCUUCCACUGUUUCCAAAACACAAAUCAAUUCUCAGGUCUGUGUUAUUCAGCACAACAUUACAGAGUGAGCCUCCCAAAGAACUGAUAGCUCCAGGAGUGUGGGAUAUAAGUCAGCCAUCCCCAGUGACCCUGCAGAUUGAUUUUCCAGCUACUGAGUGGGAAUAUAUGAAACUUGAUUCUGAAGAGAAUAGAAGUGAUCUUGAAGAACCACCAAAAGAAUGUUUAAAACAUAUUGCCAGACUUUCACAGAAACAGUCUCCCUUACUUGCCCCUGGAUGGGAUGAAACAACUGUUUCAGAAAUGCAUACCAUUUUGAGAAGAUGGAAAUUUUCUCACCCUUUGGAGGCACUUGGACUUUUGACUUCCAGUUUUCCAGAUCAAGAAAUUCGUAAAGUGGCAGUUCAACAGUUAGACAACCUCUUGAAUGAUGAACUACUGGAAUAUCUCCCACAGCUAGUUCAGGCUGUCAAGUUUGAAUGGAACCUUGAAAGUCCUCUAGUGCAACUUCUGUUACACCGCUCACUGCAAAGCAUCCAGAUUGCCCAUCGUCUUUACUGGCUGCUAAAGGAUGCACAGAAUGAAGCUUAUUUUAAAAGCUGGUAUCAGAAGCUAUUGGCUGCUCUCCAAUUCUGUGCAGGAAAAGCCCUGAGUGAUGAGUUUUCCAAGGAAAAGAAACUCAUCAAAAUUCUGGGAGACAUUGGUGAAAAAGUCAAAUCUGCCAGUGACCCUCAAAGACAGGAGGUCCUGAAGAAAGAACUUGGCAGACUAGAAGAAUUCUUUCAGUGUACAAAUACCUGUCACCUUCCUCUGAACCCUGCCCUAUGCAUAAAGGGAAUUGAUGGAGAUGCAUGUUCAUAUUUCACAUCUAAUGCUUUGCCGUUGAAGAUUACUUUCAUUAAUGCUAAUCCAAUGGGAAAAAACAUCAGCGUCAUUUUUAAGGCUGGAGAUGAUCUUCGUCAGGAUAUGCUUGUUCUGCAGAUUAUUCAUGUGAUGGACAAUAUUUGGCUGCAGGAGGGCCUGGAUAUGCAAAUGAUCAUUUAUAGAUGUCUAUCCACAGGAAAAGGCCAAGGAUUGGUGCAGAUGGUGCCCGAUGCUAUAACCCUUGCGAAAAUCCAUCGCCAUUCUGGACUGAUAGGACCACUGAAAGAAAAUACAAUCAAAAAAUGGUUCAGUCAGCACAACCAUUUAAAGGUGGAUUAUGAAAAGGCCUUGAGGAACUUUUUCUAUUCCUGCGCUGGCUGGUGUGUGGUAACGUUCAUCCUGGGAGUCUGUGACCGUCACAACGACAAUAUCAUGCUGACAAAGUCAGGCCACAUGUUUCAUAUUGACUUUGGAAAAUUCCUGGGUCAUGCACAAACAUUUGGAGGGAUAAAAAGGGACAGAGCCCCUUUUAUUUUUACUUCAGAGAUGGAGUACUUUAUUACAGAGGGUGGGAAAAACCCACAGCAUUUCCAAGAUUUUGUGGAGCUUUGCUGUCGAGCUUAUAAUAUUGUCAGAAGACACAGCCGCCUGCUCUUGAACCUGCUAGAAAUGAUGCUACCUGCAGGAUUGCCUGAGCUAAGUGGAAUCCAAGACCUGAAAUAUGUGUAUAAUAAUCUUCGUCCACAAGACACAGACCUGGAAGCGACAAGUCAUUUUACCAAGAAAAUAAAGGAAAGUCUGGAGUGUUUCCCUGUUAAAUUGAAUAACUUGAUCCACACGCUCGCACAAAUGACAGCCAUAAAUCCUGCCAAAUCUACUUCGCAGACUUUUUCCCAGGAAUCCUGUACGAUGAGUGCAACCAGGUCAAUCCAAAGAGUGACAAUUUCAGGGUUCAGCAAGAAAACUAGGCAUCUUUAUCUAAUCCAGGUGACUCACGGUAACAAUGAAACAAGCCUGACAGAAAAAUCAUUUGACCAGUUUUCAAAACUUCACAGCCAACUUCAAAAGCAGUUUGCAUCAUUGGCCCUCCCAGAGUUUCCUCAUUGGUGGCACUUACCUUUUACAAAUUCAGAUCACAAAAGAUUCAGAGAUCUAAAUCAUUACAUGGAACAGAUAUUAAAUGGAUCGUAUGAAGUUGCAAACAGUGAUUGUGUACUUAGUUUUUUCCUCUCUGAGCCUGUGGAACAAACAAUGGAAGAAUCAUCUCCUGUGGACCUAGGUGAGAAGUUUCCUGACAAGAAGCCUAAGGUGCAGUUAGUCAUAACAUACGCGGAUGCGAAGCUGACCAUACUUGUGAAGCACAUGAAAAACAUUCAUCUCCCAGAUGGCUCCACGCCCAGUGCACAUGUUGAAUUUUAUCUUUUACCGUAUCCCAGUGAAGUUCGGAGGAGGAAAACAAAAUCUGUUCCAAAAUGUACCGACCCCACUUACAAUGAAAUUGUAGUAUAUGAUGAAGUCACAGAGCUCCAAGGACAUGUCUUAAUGCUUAUUGUAAAGAGCAAAACCACCUUUGUAGGAGCAAUUAAUAUCCAACUCUGUAGUGUCCCACUCAAGGAAGAAAAAUGGUAUCCACUAGGAAACAGUAUAAUUUAAGCAUUGCUGUGAACAUACGCGUUCAUUACUCGUAUUUUUUUCACUUUGGGGCCUCUCUACCACAAGAUCAGGACAUUUUUGUUAUCAAAGAUAGCAUGGUGGGGACUUCCCUGGUGGCGCAGUGGUUAAGAAUCCACCUGCCAAUGCAGGGGACACAGGUUUGAUCCGUGGUCCGGGAAGAUCCCAUAUGCCGCGGAGCAACUAAACCCACGUGCCACAGUUACUGGAGCCCGUGCUCCUCAAAGAGAAGCCACCGCAAUGAGAAACCCACGCACCACAACGAAGAAUAGACCCCGCUUGCAGCAACUAGAGAAAGCCCUCUCGCAGCAACGAAGACCCAGCACAGCCAAAAAUAAAUAAAUUAAAGGAAAAAAAAAAAAGGUAGCAUGAUGGUGUACUAAGGACACAAAGAAAAUAAAUCAGAAUCAGUCUUUUAUAGUUAUUUAUUCUCUACCUGUGUUUCAUUGUUUUCUUAGAACCUUUUUUCCAAUUGAUUGUGUAACAUUCAAUGUAUAAAAUUUAAAAAAGGACAUUUAAUGUGUCUUUUAAAUCAAACAUGCGUUCACAUUUUAUGUGCCUACAGUUAAAAGCAAUACUUUAAAUGUAUUUUCCAAAAAAAGACAAGCAAAUAAAUAAAUCUCAUCAAUUACUUCAAGACCUAAGUAUAUCUGUAACAAAUGUUUAAAAUUUGAA